AUGAAUAUUAAACUCUUUCGACAUUUACCUAAAUCUAUAUCCAGAUCAAUCAUAAUGUCUAAAUUUGGUCCUCCAGUAAACCGUAAUAUGGUUGAGUUAGAUCGUUCUUUCUUUAAGAAAGACGUUCCUUUAAUGGCUGCAUAUUUCCCUAAACCUCAAUAUUUGGGUCAAUUUGUUAAAGAAUGUCAACAAGAUAUCCUUUAUGUUCAAGCAAUCAAGCAUAUCAUACCAAUGGAAAACUCAAAAGCUGUUUUACUACGCGAUGAGGUUAAGGAAUUACAAGAUUUAGCCCCUAAAACUCAAGAGAAAAUAGCAGAGUUUGGAAUUGUUUUGAAACCACAUACUUUACAUCUUGAUUAUUCAUUCUGGAAAGGUGAUGAGAUUUUGAAAAGUAUAUUGCCUGAAAAUUUGCUUAGUGAUAUUCCAAGUGGAUUCAGUCAAGCUGGACAUUUAGCACAUUUAAAUUUAAGAGAAGAAUAUAAACCAUAUGGGAAAUUAAUUGGACAAAUUAUCUUAGAUAAAAAUCCCCUGGUUUUGACUGUUGUUGAUAAGGCUGAUACUAUUGCCAAUAAAUUUAGAACUUUCCCAUUAGAAUUAUUGGCUGGUGAACCAAACUACGUUGUUGAACAACUGGAAAGUGGAUGUAAAUUCAAAUUUGAUUUUAGUAAAGUGUACUGGAACUCAAGAUUAAGUACUGAACAUGAAAGAAUUAUUUCUAAAUUCAAACCUGGUGAAACUGUUGGUGAUGUUUUUGGUGGUGUGGGACCAUUUGCUAUUCCAGCAUCCAAGAAAGAAGUCAUUGUGUUGGCAAAUGAUUUGAAUCCAGAAAGUUACAAAUAUUUACAAGAAAACAUCAAAAUCAACAAAGUAGAACCAUUUAUUCAACCAUACAAUUUGGAUGGAAGAGAGUUCAUUAUCCAAGCACCUAAAUUGUUACAAGAAUGGGCUCAAAAAGGUCCUCUCGAAAAGAAAAUUGUCAAGAGAGUGUCUCUUGGUGAUAAGAAAUACGAAAAGCAAACAACUAUUACCAAAACAGAUGUUCCAAAAUUCUAUCAUCACUUUGUCAUGAAUUUACCAGAUUCUGCAUUGACAUUUUUGGAUGCAUUUAUUGGGUUGUAUGCAAAUGUUCCAGAAAUUAAACAAGAACCUGGAUUUAAAUUACCAUUUAUUCAUGUUCAUUGUUUUGAAAAAUUUGAAAAAAGUGAAGACCCAUCAAUGGAAGAAUUACAUGAUAGAGUUUAUGAAAGAAUUUGUAAAUUAAUUGACUUUAGAUUAAACAAAGAAAAUAUGGAAUUCCAUGAAGUUAGAAUGGUCUCACCAACCAAACCAAUGUUCUGUGUUUCUUUCCAAUUACCAGAAGAAGUUGCAUUCAAGAAGGUAUAG